GUUUGUAGCGGCGGUCAUCUUUUUUAAGUGUAGCAGUUUGAUUCGAAAACUACGAUUACAGUAGUUGUAUACGCUUUAUUAACACAUGUUCUCAGUUUUUCAAUUUUAUUAAAGUCUUUAAAAUCGUAUCUCCGUCAGAACUAGAUCAAGUUUUUUAUAUUACUGAUGUAAAGAAAUUUUGAACGAAUAUGAAAUAACUAUUAUAUUUUACUGUUCCUGCUAAAAUUAAACAUAAUUUGCAUUAUCCAAUUGCUGGGCGGAAGCAUUUUUCCAAAUGAAUAAUUAAGGGAAUAAAAUACUUUAAAAGUAGUUAUUAUUUACUAGCUUGGGCCCGCAACUUCUUGUACAUAGGAUAUUGACUUUAGAUCAUAUUUGUAAAAUGGAUGAUGAAAUAAAACAAUUGAAGUCCCUGUUGCGGUCUCUGGUGGUGUCGAGCCCAACGCAGAUGGAUGUGCGCAGUUUGCUCCGUGACUACCGCAACAUGGUUGGCGAGCCUAUUCCGAUUGCUAAGUUUGGACACAAGGACCCUGUCGCUUUCUUAAGAGAACGAUGCAAUGAUUCCUUUCUGUUUACAGGUCCAUCAUCAAAUCCAGUACUCACUCUGAUUGUGCCAGACACAUUAAAACACAUUGAUCAGUUUGUGCAGAGACAGAAAGUACCAUCCACUUCAAAAUUUAAAUCAAAAAGAAGAAGUGUGCCAGAAGCUGCAGUAGCUGUACCAAAAGAUAAUAUAUUUAAAUCAUUCGUAUCGAGAAAUUCAUCCGCUCCCGCACCUGCAGCAGUGCCCGCACCCGUACCCACCCACGCACCCGCGCCCGUACCCGCACCCGCACCUUCGGCAGUACCCGCGGCCGCACCGACAGUGCGCGCGCGCACUGCGCCCGCACGUGGCAGUACAGACCCCGAGACCAAUCGCAACAACACGGUGACCAGUAAUGACGUCCAGAAUUUCUUGAAGAAGCGCAUACCGCAGUACAUCGACCUCCAAGCUAUUGACGACGGUACAGAUGGAACAGGAUCGCUCGCACUUGACGAUGAUGAACUGGAUUCUGGGAGACACACCUCGUCUAGCAGCGCCAGUACGAAGGCUCGGCAGUUGGAGGAGCUGAAGGCGGAGAUAAUGGAGCUGAUCUCGGCGGCGCCCGGCGGCGUCUGGUGCACCGACCUCAUCCGGCUCUACAGGGAGCGCUUCGGGCGCGAGCUGAACUUCAAGCGGUUCGGGUACAACAGCAUCCUCAGCGUGGCGUACUCGCUGGAGCCGCGCGUGGCCAUCGCGCGCCCCGACCCCACCGGCGACUGGCUGCUGCAGGACCGCGCCCGCGCCCCCGCGCCCCGCGCGCGCCCCCAGCCGCGCGCGCCGCCCGCGCCCCCUGCGCCCGCGCCCGACCCCGACGACGCGCUGCCCGGCAUCGACUUUGACCCCGACGUGUUCCCGGAGGACUGCGUGAGCUUCUGCGACAGCAUCCCGCCGCUGGCGCUGGACGACUGCGUGCCCGGCGCCAUGCUCGAGGUCAUCGUGGGCGAGGUGUACUCGCCCUCGCACUUCUGGCUCAUCCGGCUCGGCCAGAACUACAACAUCGCCAUGGAGGACAUGAUGGACGACAUGACGCGCUACUACAACGGGCCGGGCGCGGCGCGGGCGCUGGCGCGGGGCGCCGUGCGCGUGGGCCACUACUGCAGCUCGCUCUACGAGAACGACUGGCAUCGCUCGCUCAUCGUCAAGAUCCUGGACAGCGACACCGUCAAGGUGCGGCACGUGGACUACGGCACGGUGGACACGGUGCGCGUGGCGGCGCUGCGGCCGCUGCGGCGCUGCUGGGCGCGGCUGCCGGCGCAGGCCGUGCGCGCGCGCCUGGCCGCCGUCCGGCCCUGCAGCGCCGGCCGCCGCUGGCCGCCGCCCGCCGCCCGGCACUUCCUCGGCCUCGUGCAGGACGCGCGCUUCGUGGCCAACGUCGUGGCGCGGGACCUGCAGGAGGAGCUGCUGGAGGUGCUGCUGAUAGACACGCGCGCGGAGGACGACCGCUGCGUCAGCGCCGCGCUCGUGCGCGCCGGCCACGCCGACCCGCGCGCCGACUCCGCGCUGCGGACGGCGGAAUGCUACCUGUACCCGAGGUUCGAGGCGCUGGAAAACGCCGAUACGCCCAAUCUGGCCGAGAUCUGCGCGUACCUGCACGACGGCAUCGCGCUCGACUACGUGGAGGCCUACCGCCGCCACGUGCCCAUGUGCCUGCCGCCGCUCGCGCCCGCCCCCGCCCGCGCCCCCGCCCGCCCCGCCCCGCGCCCCGCUGCUCCCGUGAGCGCCGCGGCCCCGCGUUCUGAACCACCGCUCCCGCGCUCUGUACCACCAUCGUCCCCGCCCGCCCUGUCCCCGCCUACCAUGUCCCCGCCCGCCACGUCCCCGCCUGCAGCGCCCGCAGUCGCGUCGGCGUGCGCACCUGUACCGCCCUCCUCCCCCCCUCCGUCCCCGGUACGGCUCCCUACAGCGACACCCACGCCCCCGCCUGCUUCGGCCUCGGUUUCUCCGCCAACUGCGUCGCCGUCGGUGCUGAGUACUGGCAUCCCACUACUGUGGCCCGGGCCCGGUCCGGUGCCGCCGCCUGGGUACGGCUGGGGCGCGGGCGCGGGCGGCGGGGGCGCGGUGCUGAGCGUGGCGGAGUGCGCCACGUACAGCCGCCUGGCGAGUGUUAACCCGGAGGCGGCACGCUGGUACAUGGCGGGCGCGCUAGGCCGCGCGCUGGCCGCCCCACUGGCCGCGCCCCCGCCUGGCCCGUGGGGCGCACCCCCGCUCGCGCCGUGGGGCGCGGCCUGGGCCCCGCGGCCGCCCGCGGCCUGGCGUGGGCCUGCGCCCGCGGCGUGGUCCGCGCCGCCGCUGUCGUUGCUGGGGCCGCCGCCCGGCUUCGGGGCCUAGCGGCCUGCCAGCUCGCGACUACCUCGACGACGGCUUGUUGUACUGUUAUGUUCCGUCAGCGAACUUGUUACUUUAGUGUUAUAAGAAGACAGUAGUAUAGCAAUUGAUAUUAUCGUAAGUGCUAUUGUGAUAUUACCCUCUGUUUGUUGUGAAGAAAGCUAUGUAUAAAGCGAUGUCGAUACAAUCAUUGGCAAACGUACGACGAGCGCUGGUGUGGUGACUGCUAACUAUAGUUUUCUCUCGCCUGCCACCGAUCGCGUAAUACGUUUGCUGUUGGAAUACAUACGUGUGCUUGUAUGUGAAAUGAUGUUAUUGACAUUAAUUUGCUUGACUGGUAAUGUUUGAUUACCUUUGUUAUAAGUAUAAACAGCUCCAGUGCGUCAAUAAGCUAUUUGUCGAUAGAUUACAAUGAUGACAAUUGUAAUCCCAAAUAAGAAGCCAUCUUUGACGUCGUCAACUAACUACGAACGUUCACGUAGAAAAAAUAUCGAAAUCAUAUUUAUAAUUAUUUUUCUUUACUUGUACAGCACUCUCUAAUAAGCAUACAAUUUGUUUUCAUACUAUGAAAACGUAUUUAAUUAAAUAGACGAAGUAAUCAGUAUGAAUGUUCCGUCAGCCCGCCAUUAUAAUACCACAUCAUUUGUUGGCAUUGAAAUAACUACAGCAGUCACCUGGCAGUUGUUCGUUUUGAAACUAUUCGUAAAAAUAAUAUUUAGAGUACAUGGAAAAGUAAUGAAACUUUAAAUAUACGCUGUUUGUACAAUGCCUGCUUAGUGUCUGAAAGUUCAGGCUUCUUGUUUUAUCCACAACGAAGUUAUAGGCUGUUUCAAGGAGCGAAUAUAAAAAGUGGCCGACUCUACGUAUUUACCACUUAUAGUGGGUAAUUUUAAUAAUUUUCAAAGUUGGCUUCUUAUUUUGGGACGAAGACUAAAUAGAAUUUUGUGAUUGUUUCUAUGAAAGAUGAAUCAGUCUAGUUAUUAAUUAAAACAAUGUUAAAAGAAAACAUUUGUAAACAUAUUUUUGCUAUUAAAUAGUUUGUCUUUACAUCCUAUUUAUACAA